GCAGAGGCAGCGGCAGCAGCAGCAACAGCAGCACUACCACCAGCACCAGCCCCCAGGAAAGAAUGCUCCUAGCAACAUUUAAGCUGUGUGCUGGGAGCUCCUACCGACACGUGCGCAACAUGAAGGGGCUGCGGCAACAAGCUAUGCGGGCCAUUGGCCAGGAGCUGAACCGGAGGGCACUGGGAGGCCCGACCCCGAGUGCGUGGAUUAACCAGGUCCGGCGUCGGAGCUCUCUGCUUGGUUCUCGACUGGAAGAUACUCUCUAUAGCGACCAGGAGCUGGCCUAUAUCCACCAGGGAGAGGAGGCUAUGCAAAAGGCCCUGGGCAUCCUCAGCAGCCAGGAGGGCUGGAAGCAGGAGGACCAGAAGGCCAAUGGGGACAAAGUGCUGAGUAAAGUGGUCCCAGAUGUGGGCAAGGUAUUCCGGCUGGAGGUGGUGGUGGACCAGCCCAUGGACAGGCUUUAUGAAGAGCUUGUGGAACGCAUGGAGGCAAUGGGGGAGUGGAACCCAAAUGUCAAGGAGAUCAAGGUCCUGCAGAAGAUUGGGAAAGACACAGUGAUCACUCAUGAGUUGGCUGCGGAGUCAGCAGGAAACCUCGUGGGGCCCCGUGACUUCGUGAGUGUGCGCUGUGCCAAGCGCCGAGGCUCCACCUGUGUGCUGGCUGGCAUGGCCACACAUUUCGGGGAGAUGCCCGAGCAGAAAGGUGUCAUCAGAGCUGAACAUGGUCCCACCUGCAUGGUGCUCCAUCCCCUGUCUGGGAGUCCCUCAAAGACCAAACUCACUUGGCUGCUCAGCAUUGACCUUAAGGGAUGGCUGCCAAAGACUAUCAUCAACCAAGUCCUAUCACAGACCCAGAUGGACUUUGCCAACCACCUGCGCAAGCACCUGGAGUCCAGUCCUCCUCCUGAAGCCCGGUGUUGAAGACCAGCCUGCUGCUUCCAGCUGUUCUAGUUGCACUGGCUUGCAUGCUCAUCAGGAAAAUCCCUCCCAGAAGCCUACAAGUCUGCUUGAGAUCUUCACUGGGGAACAGUGGGUUGGGGUGGCAAUGCAUUUACAUUAUGAUAGUAGGACUCAGACUGGUAAAAUUUUAGCACCAAGAAGACAGGGAUGGGGCUCUUAUACAAAGGUGAGCCUUCUAACUUCAUUCACCACUUAGCUGUGAAAUGAAGGUUAAGAUUCCCAAAUAUCUGUAAAACUUUUCUCUGGGCCCUUACAUGUCUACCUAAAAAACAUCUCAAAAUGCUACGAGCUGAGAGAAGGUGCAGCGAGGGUGCUAAAUAUGAGGAUUGGGACCUCAUGCUUUAUGGGCUGAGAGCUCCACUCCCUGCAGGCAGUGGGUGUGGACACAGCAGGGUCUUACAGCAGGGGCUCCAGCAACUCUCUGCCCCUCCACCGAGUACGCAGAGAGCUGCACCCAAGUGCAGGCCACUCCCCCAGCAGGUGCCUUCCAGAGACCUAGGUCAAGUUUUCCUGAUGAACGAAUACAGAACUGUUAGGGCGGUCCCCCUACU